UAAGUUUAGACGAACAUACACAAGUCCACAAUGUCACUAUACCUCGCUCAGGCUCGAGAGUGGAGAGAGAAAAGAGCAUCAAUGCAAUCCCCGGCUUUGCUAAGAUAUUACACUACUCGAACUGCUGUCGCAGCAGCUGCAGCAGGACUACUAACGCCCUUUUGUUCUUCCCCAAUUUAUUCAAAAUCCCUAAUUUCUCCUUCUUCUUUGCAUUUCUCCGCCAUGAAAGCUUCAACUACAACCUCUCAAAAACCUUCUCCUUUCAUCUCCAAUCUCACUCUUUCUCUCUCCUCCGCCUCCGAUUCGAUCAACUCAGUGGGGGACCCCACCUCCCACCUCGUCGUCGUCUCUUUCUACAAGUUCGCCGAUUUUCCCGAUCACGCCAAUUUUCGUAACCCUAUUAAGCAGCUUUGCCAGGAUCUGCGUGUUUCAGGUGGUAUCAUUCUUGCACCAGAAGGAAUUAAUGGGAGCAUAUGUGGUCUUCGUGAAUCAGUGGAACGCGUUCUUGAAUUUAUUCAAUCUGAUGAUCGUCUGAAGGGCCUAAGGCAGAUCGAGUCACCUGUGACUCCUGAAGAUGAAGAAAUACACCAUGGACAUACUAGCAAAUCUCCUGUUGGCGCUGGAGAAGAUGCACCAUUUCGAUGGGAUCAUGUUCGGGUCAAGCUAAAGAAAGAGAUUGUCUCUCUUGGAAUGCCUAGUGUUUCUCCCACGGAGAGAGUUGGAACUUACAUAAGCCCUAAAGAGUGGAAUGAAUUGAUCAGUGACCCAAAUACGGUGGUCAUCGACGUGCGGAACACUUAUGAAACCAGGAUAGGCAAAUUUAAAGGAGCAGUUGAUCCAUGCACAACUGCGUUCAGAGAAUUUCCUUCUUGGAUAGAAAAUAAUUUCCAAUUGGCUGGUUCAGACAGCCUGCCAUCCCAGGAGGUGCACGGAAACAGAAGUGAAUGCCAAGAGAAUAUUGAAGGAGGUAAGACACCACCUCGGGUUGCCAUGUAUUGCACUGGUGGGAUUCGGUGCGAGAAAGCUUCUAGCUAUCUCUUAAGCAAAGGCUUCGAAGAGGUUUAUCAUUUGAGAGGAGGGAUUCUUAAAUAUUUGGAGGAAGUUCCCGAAUCGGAGAGUUUAUGGGAGGGAGAAUGCUUUGUCUUUGACAAGCGGGUCUCUGUGGAUCACGGGUUAGCCCAGGGCACUUUUAAACUUUGUUAUGGCUGCAAGCAACCGGUGAGCGAUGCUGACAUGGAGUCCCCUGAAUACGAGUAUGGGGUUUCUUGUCCUUACUGUUUCUCGACAAAAUCGGAGGAAGAGAAAGAGAGAGCACGAGCUCGGCAAAGACAAUUCGAGGUUUGGGGCGUCAUUGGUGGUCCAGACAAGGGACGUCGACCGACACAUAGUACAAAUGAUUCACAAAGAGGCAGACCAGGCAGUAUUUCUCAGCUGUCACAAUCUGUUUAGGUUAGCUGGAAAUGUGGAGUGAGGGAGACGUAGAUUCUAGUCCCUUUUUUCAUCUUUCAAUUUUGUAAGGAAUUUAGCCUACUUGGAACAGUAAGCGAAAAUUUGUCUGAUUAUUGAACGAGACAAGUUAAACGAAGUGUAAGAGUUAAGCUGAAAGUACAAGUUUAGACUCUUUAUCCAAAGGGAAGGGUUUGACGGUUAGCAACUUAGCAUUCUUCGUUUUGGCCAACUCCUUUUUCUUAUUCCUUUGUUGUGGUUACAAUUUACUAUUUAUCAAGAAAACAGAAACACGAACAAAUUGUUCCCAUUCUUCCUA